AUGGAAGUCACACCUGGAGCAAGGCACAAGCUAACUGUUAGCAAAGAUGGCAAAUCGUAUUAUGCCUCGCUCGAAAUCAACAACGUUACCGUGGAAGACGCUGGCAAGUACAGAGUGACGGCCAAGAACGAACUCGGCGAAAGUAACGCCACAAUCAGCUUAAACUUCGACAGCGACGAAGCGCCCGUACCUGAAGACUCAAUCAAACCGACAUUUACGGAGAGACCCGUCAUCAGGCAAUCGGAAGAUGGUACCAAAAUCACAUUCGAAUGUAGAUGUGUUGGCAAACCGAAACCAACCGUCACAUGGUACCAUGGAAAGAAAUUAAUAAAAGAAAGUAGUAGAUAUAAAAUGACAUUAGAAGAGGACCAAACAUUAUACCACAUGGCGCGACUUGAAAUUAUAGGCGUAGAUAAUUCUGACAAAGGAGAAUAUAGGGCAGUAGCGAAAAACAAACAGGGUGAAGGCGUAGCAAAAAUAAAUCUAAACUUUGAAAGCGGAGAUAAACCAAAAAUUCCAGACGGUAAAGCACCAAGGUUUCCCAAAAAACCGACAAUUAGACAAGAAGGGGAUGUGUUAAUUAUGGAAUGUGUCCUAGAAGCAUACCCUCUACCAGAUAUUACAUGGUUUCAUGGGGAAAAAGAAAUUAAAGAUGGAGCUAAAAUGAAAAUGUCCAGAAAAGCGAUUGCAAAAGAUACGUUUAAUUUAACACUAGAGAUAUUAAGCCCCACUAGAGAAGAUGGUGGCAAUUAUCGAUGUAACGCUUUCAACUUGUUUGGCGAGAGUAAUGCAAACAUUGCUCUCAAUUUCCAAGGUGGGGAUGACGAGAAUGGUUUCGCACCAUCAUUUAUAGAGAAACCUCGAAUCAUUCCCAACGAAGAUGGCUCGCUCAUCACAAUGCGUUGUGUUUGUAAGGCCAAGCCGGCGGCUGAAGUCACGUGGUACCGAGGCACGACAGUCGUUAAGGCUAGCAGUAAAAUUGAACUCAAAUCGAAUAUAAUUAGUGAAGAUGUUUACGAAUUAGUAUUACUUUUAUCUAAUCCUACGGCAGCGGAUGGUGGCGCUUACCGCUGUCAUGUAAAGAAUGAGUACGGAGAAAGUAAUGCUAAUUUGAAUCUUAAUAUUGAGGCUGAACCAGAACCAGAAGGUGAAGGUCCAACAUUUGUUGAAAAACCUACGAUUCAAUCUAAAGAUAAUGGUAAAUUAGUAAUAAUGGGUUGUAAGGUGAAGGCUAGCCCGAAACCGACGAUAGUAUGGUACCACGAAGGCAAGGAAAUCAGGGACUCGUCAAAAAUAAAGACCAGGGUCGAAGUUAAAGAAGACAUUUACACAAUAAUAUUGGAACUAAUUGAUCCUGGUAUUGAAGACUCCGGAUUGUAUAAAUGCAACAUUAAAAAUGAACUUGGAGAGCUCAAUGCGAAUCUCACGCUCAAUAUAGAAAUCAUUCCAGUUAUCAAAGAGAAACCAAAGAUCAUUAAGAUAGUUAAAAAGAAGACUGUUAUUGUUGAGUGUAAAGUAUUAAGUAAAUUUGCACCUUCGUGCACUUGGUUCAAGGAAGCUAACGCUGUCAAAGAGGACUCUAGGCAUACUGUGCUAAUAGAGCCUCUGAGAGAAGGCGAAUUUACAGUCAAAUUAGAAAUUUCAAACGUUUCACAACAUGACAAAGGAUCUUACAAACUCGUCGCGAAGAACGAAAAAGGUGAAGCAACAUCACAACAAGUUGAAAUCACGGACAUACCAGAAGAAAAAGGAGACAAACCACAAAUCAUUAAACACUUCAGAAGCUUAGCUAAAAAAGAAAACGAAGAGGCUGAAUUUAUCGCCGUGCUGAAGACUUCUGAUCAAUCAUGCCGAUGCACAUGGUACAAGAAUAGUACAGUAUUAAGAGAUUCCUCUGAAGUCAAUACGUCGUUCGAUGGUACUAAUGCAAGACUGAUAAUCAGAAAAGUGUCAUCAAAAUACGUUGCUAACUAUAGAGUAGUUAUUAAAAAUGAAUUCGGUGAAGAUGAAUCCAGCGCUGAUCUUACCCUCGUGGAAGAAAAGAAAAAGAAGAAAGAGGAAGAGAAAGAAGAAGAAAUUGAAGAAGAAAAAACUGUCAUUGAGGAAUCGGAAGAGGAAAUGUCUAUCGUUGAAGAAAAAUCAGUCAUUGAAGAAAAUCACGUUGAUGAAAAAAAGAAAGUGGAAGAAAAGAAAGCUGCCGCAAAGAAGGUUGUAAAUAAUGAAGACAUGGAAGUGGAUGAAGAGGAAGAAGAGAUCGAUAUUGCAUCUAAGAAAAAGGAAACUAAAAAGAUCACUAAAAAACAAGAAAUUAUUUCAAAGAAAGAGGAAGAACAAGUCAUAGAGGCUAAAAAAAUACUUGAAAAGAAAACUGCGAAAACAGAAGAAGAAAAGAAAGCUCUUCUUGAAAAGAUUGAAAAGAAAAAAUCAGAGCCUGAAACAGAGGCCAAGGUUGAUGGUAUUCCAAAACUCAAACCAGUUAAGCCAAAAGAAGAGCCUGUUGAAGAAAAGAAGGAGGCUGCCAAAAAGACUGAAAAAACUGAAAAGAAGGUUGUUAAAAAGAAGGUUGUUGCAAAGAAAGAUGAGGAGGAAAUCGAGUUUGUCGACGAUUACGAGCGCCCAGUUUUGGAGAAAUAUGAAAAAAUUACACCUACGCCACUUGAUAAAAAACUCAAAGAGGAUAUCACACCAAAGGCUAAGCGCCCAUCUGUAUCGGAAAGCGUUAGAAGUGAACAAGAAAGUGAAGAAGAACUUUCUGUAGCUGCACCUGUUCCAGAGAAAAAACCAAAAGUUGAUAAAGAUAAGGUCGAGGAAGAAAAACCUGAAUCUAAAAGACCAAGUAUUAAAAAAGGCCUUCCGAAACCGGAAGAGCCUGUUGAUGAAAUAUCUCAAAUCAAAUUGACUAAAACACCAAUGAAACCUACAGAACAAGCAGCGGAAGAAUCUCAAGUAGCUAAAACCAAAAAGCCUGUUAAGAAGAUUGAACAGAAAGAUGAGUUCGUGGAUGAUUAUGAAAGGCCGGAACUAGAAAAAUAUGAUAAAGUGACACCUACGCCUACAGAUAGGACGAAAAAAGAAAACGGUAUUGAAGAGCCUGCACCCGAAUUCAUCGAUGAUUAUGAAAAACCAGAACUAGAGAAAUAUGAAAAAGUUUCUCCGUCUCCUAAAGAUAAACGUCGUCCUAGUGAUACAAAGGAUGACACUGAAAUGAUGAAAGGAAAAAUAAAACCAAAAGAAAAGGAAGAUGAACCGGAAAUGCCUACACUUCGAAAGCGUCCUGUUACAACGGAUAAGGACGAUGAAAUAAAGGCAGAAGACAAACCAAAACCUAAAACUAAAAAACCAGACGAACCUCAAGCUAAAAAGCGUCCAUCGCUAAAAGAAAAACAGGUUGCAGAGGAAGAAUUCAUCGAUGAUUACGAGAGGCCAGUCCUUGAAAAAUACGAGAAAAUUUCACCUACACCUACUGAGAAAAAGAAGAAGGAAGACAAACCUGCUGAUGAAGUCCCUUCAGCCACAGCGACGGCGAAACGUCGCUCUGUUAAAGAUAAAUCAGAGCCAAUGGAUGUAGAUGAAGAAGUUAGUCUGUCGAAACCAAAAACACCUGCUAAGCCAGGCAAAGAACCAGAAGACGUUUCACUUACACACAAAACUCCAGCUGAAAUUAAACCUACGGAGGACGAAGCUGAAGCUCAGCUCAGUGUUAAAAAGCCUGAAAUCAUCGAAAACAAAACUCUUAAAAGACCAGCUCCAAAAGAAAAAGAAACAAAGGGUGAGGACACAGAAGAGGCUGUCAGUCUCACCAAGCCUAAAACUAAGACGAGCACUACAGCUCCAGAAGAAGCUUCCCUUACCCAAAAGACGCCUGCUAAGAAAAAGCCGACGGAAGGAUCGGAGGCUGCUCAGCUUAAAGUCAAAAAACCAGCUGUUGUCAAAAAAGGAGAUGAUGAGGCACCUCUCGUAGUACAAGAUGGUAAAUUUGAGAGACCGAUACUCAAGAAAACAGUUAAGAAGCCUACAGAAAAGCCCAAAAAAGCGCAAAUUGAAACAAGAGAAGUUGAAGUUAUGAAUAAUGAUGUGCCUGAAUUGGACUUCGUUGAUGAUUAUGAGAGACCAGUUCUCGAGAAAUACGAAAAGAUCACACCCACUCCUACAGUCAAGGACAAAAAAGAGAAAGAAACGACAAAGACCGAAAGUCGAAGAACGUCGAUCCAAAAUGAGGUCAAACAAGAAGUUAAAACUGAGAGUCGCAAAUCAUCUAUCGCGGAAGAUAGGUCUAUGAAAUUCACAAAAGAAACUGCUGAAAGCAGGAAAUCAUCAAUAUCCGUGGCUGAAAAACAAGAAGUUGGAACAGUCAAAAAGACUGCAGUACAAAAGCCAACCAUAAAGGAACCAGAAGCUAAUGAAUUAGACCAAAUUAAAUUAAAGGAUGUCACUGUAGAAAUGGUAGAAGAAAAAGUUGCAACAGAUUCUAUAGAUAAGCCAUCAGAAACAUCAUAUCCUUGGCGACCUACGAAAACAGAUACACAGGUACCACCACAACAACCGCAAGGGAAACAACAAAAAGCAAACGAAGUACCGUUCUCCUGGGACGUGAUUCCUGAGAUUCCUCAGGCCGAACAGACACCAGAACUUGAGGAUAAAUACAAACCAACACUACUAGAAACAACACCUGAAAUUGUCCCACCUUGGAGAAGAUCCCGUUCUCCUCAGAAAGUAGCAGUAAAGGAAGAAAAGGUCGAAGAAGAAGUUAAAAAGGCCAAAGUUACUUCAGUUAAGAAAAAGGCUGAAGACCUACCUGAAAUUGCCGAUUAUGAUAGGCCCGACUUGGAGAAGUAUGAAAAAAUUUCACCAACUCCAACAACUAGAGACAAACCAGAAAAGGAUAAGCCGACUCCAAAGGUACCUGAAAUCAAGGCGCCUGAAGAGAAACCGGCAGCACCUAAGAUCGAAGUCAUUCGAGAGAAGUCACCGAAACCAGAAAUGCCAAGGAAAUCAUCCUUGGUACCUGGAGCACCAGUUGGCAGACGCGGUUCCCUUAUUCCUCCACCAGAGGAAAUGGGAAGGCGUCCUUCGCUAAUCAUUAGCGACGAGGUCACCAAAUUACGCCCUGGAGAAGUUUUAGACGACAAAAAGCGACGAAAGUCCACCGAUGCCAGGAGGCCUUCCAUCCAGGACUUGGAAGAUCUCAUCAAUAAGCCGUCAGUGCCUCUAAAACCUCUUGGCAAUGAAGGUCCACCUGUCAUCGUUGACGUACAGGAGAGCUACUCGGCUGUUGAAGAUCAAACUGGCUACAUCACAGUACAAGUGGAGGGUAAUCCUCCACCAACAUUCAAGUUUUACAAAGGUGUCACAGAAAUUAUUGAAGGUGGCCGUUUCAAAUUCGUCACGGACGGUGAAACUGGUCUUAUUACACUUUGUAUGAGAAAAGUUAAACCUAACGAUGAAGGUAAAUACAAAGUUGUUGUCAGCAACAUACAUGGAGAGGACUCAGCUGAGACGCAACUCUAUGUAUCAGACUCUAGUGGCAUGGACUUCCGUGCUAUGCUCAAGAAAAGGAAAUACGCAAAGUGGGGCGAAAAGAAAGAAGAUCCGGACUGGGGUGAUCUCAAGGAAGUUGAGAAACCUAUUCCACCACUUAAGAAAGUGGAAAAGAAACAAGAGUCUUUCCUAAAGCCCCUUGUAGACCAAUUUGCGAAAGAAGGCAAAGAUAAAAAGGUUGUAUUUGAAGCUAUCUUCACUAAGCCAAAUUCCAAACCCAAAUGGUUACACCGUAAGGAUGAAAUAUUCCCGAGCUCUAAAUACAAGAUAAUAAAUGAGCAGGAUUCUUACAAGUUAGUCAUCUCAAAUCCGAAAGUAGAAGAUACUGGUAAAAUUACCAUUGAGAUUGGCGGAAUUACUAGUACUGCCUUUUUACAAGUAGAUGAACCUGAUCCAACGUACAGCUUUACUAAGCAAUUAAAGAAGACAACAAGUGGGUACACAAAACACGAGGUACUCCUCGAGUGUGCUGUCUCCAACAGCCUCGCCAUUGUUUCGUGGUGGAAAGGAGAAACAAAGCUUGAGGAUGGAGAGGAGUUCCAAAUAUCCAAGGAUCUGUCUGGCGUGUGUAGGCUUUUAAUCAAAAGCGCUAAAUUGGAAGAUGCCGGAAAAUACGCAUGUAAACUUGAAAAGCAACCUGACAAAACAGAAACUGAUGUUAAGAUUGUCGAAUACCCCUACAAAUUCACAAAAGUACUUAAAUCGCAACAAGCUAUAGAAAAAGAUACAAUCACACUACUUUGUGAACUUGAUGAUGCCGGCGGUGACGUAAAAUGGUUCAAGAAUGAUGAACCAGUGAAGGCUGACAAGCGAAUCUCUAUCGUCAAGGAAGGUCGCAAACGCAAGAUCGUUAUCAAGGAUGCUAAAGUAACUGACGCCGGCAAUUACAAAUGUGUCAGUAAUGCUGAUGAGACAAAAUGCGAGUUAAUUGUCAAUUACUCGAAUCGCUUCAACAAAAAGUUGAAGGACACCGAAGCAAUUGAGAGGGACAAGGUUGUAUUGGAGGUGGAACUUCAAGAUCAGACUGCUGAAGCAGUCUGGUCUUUCAAUGGGGAGCCCAUUGUACCAAAUGACAGAAUUGAAAUCAAGAACCUGGGUGGUGGCAAACACCAGCUCAUAUUCAACAAACUUGAAAUGGAGGACGAUGGUGAAAUUCUGUGUGAAUCUGGCAAAUUAAGUUCAUCUUGUAAACUUACUGUAAAGAAAGGAGAAUCGAAACCAGCUAUCGAUUGCCCUGGAGAUUUCUAUGGACCAGCAGGCCAACCAUUCGUUAUUGAGGUGCCUUAUAAAGUUACUGGCACCCGACAAACACCAGUUGAAGCCAAAUUAUGGAAAGACGGAAAGGCCCUUCCUAUUAAGGAAGUUGAAGCCGUGGUUGAACAGGAAAAAGUAUUAUUCAAAAUCAAGAAGCCGACCAGAGAGGGAUCUGGUAAAUACCAGAUUAAACUUUCCAACGCCCAGGGUGAAGAUUCCAAGGAUGUUACGAUUACGAUGCAGAGUGUACCAGAACCACCGGAGAAUGUGGAAGUGGCUGAAGUAUUCCAAACAUCUUGUGUGGUUUCUUGGAAACCACCUAAGGAUGAUGGUGGUAGCCCACUUGUCAAAUAUAUUAUUGAGAGACAAGAUUUGUCUCUAAAAGCGGGUUGGGAUAAUGUAGCAGAAGUACCAAUAGGCCAACCAACUAAAUUCAAGGUCGAAGAUCUUAUUGCUAAAAAGACAUAUAAAUUUAGAAUACGUGCUGUCAACAAGAUCGGCUCCAGUGAACCUGGUCUAUUUGCUAAGCCAGUUUUGGCAAAAGAUCCUUGGGACGAACCAUCAAAACCCAAGAAUGUGGAGCUCGUGGAUUGGGAUAAAGAUCACGCUGAUCUCAAAUGGCAAAAACCAGACAACGAUGGUGGUGCACCAAUUACUGGAUACGUUAUUGAAUACAAGGAGAAAUUCGGGAAGGACUGGGUAAAAGGCAAAGAAGUACCUGGUGAUAGCUUAUCGGCUACUCAAGACGGCUUGAAAGAAGGCUGCACAUACGAGUUCAGAGUACGAGCUAUCAAUAAGGCAGGCCCUGGUGAACCCAGUGACAGUACCAAGCCAAUUAUUGCCAAGUGUAGAUUCGUCAAACCGUAUAUUAUUGGAGAUGGUCUCCAAAACCUGAUCAUCAAGAAGGGCCAAGUUAUCACCUUCGAUAUCAAAUAUGGCGGUGAGCCUGAGCCUGAAGUCAAGUGGAUGAAGGGUGAAGAGGAGAUUCGUGAUGACGGUGAUCGCAUCACCAUCGACAAGUACGAGAGGAAUACGGUGUUGACAGUCCGGAAGACCACCAGGCCUGACAGUGGAAAGUACAAGUUGGUUCUCACCAACUCGUCGGGAACAUGCGAGAGCAUAGCCGACGUUGUUGUGUUAGACAAACCAAACCGCCCGAACGGUCCUAUCGAAGUUGUCGACGUUCGUGCCGAGAAGGCAACAGUCAAAUGGCAGAAACCGGACGAUUGGAAAGGAUCAGACAUCACUGGUUAUACGCUGGAGAAAAUGGAUAUGGAUACUGGAAAUUGGGUGCCGUGUGGUGAGACAGGCCCAGAACCCACAGAGUUUCAAGUUAAAGGCCUUACCCCGAAUCACAAGUACAAAUUCAGGGUACGAGCAGUUAAUAAGGAAGGGGAAUCAGAGCCACUGGAGACUGAUGGAUUCAUUGUUGCUAAGAAUCCUUAUGACCCACCGAAGGCACCUGGAAAGCCAAAUAUCGUCGACUAUGACAACAUGUCGGUAACCCUUCAAUGGGAGCCACCAUUAGACGAUGGUGGCAGACCGAUACUGGGUUACGUUGUCGAGAAGAAAGAUAAAUUUUCGCCUGAUUGGAUUGAGGUUGUCAAAACAAAUGACACAAAGACAGAAUACAAGGUUGAAGGGCUCAAAGAAAAAAUGGUUUACCAAUUCCGAGUCAAAGCUUACAACAAGGCUGGUGUUGGUGAUGCUUCUCAGCCUACUGAUAACCAUCUCUGCAAGCACAAGAACUUGAAACCACGCAUUGAACGCAGCACAUUCAAGUCUGUGAUUAUCAAAGCAGGCCGUACACACAAGUGGUCAGUCGAUGUCACUGGUGAACCACCACCGGAGAUGUCUUGGUCAUGGCGCGAAAACAUCAAACUGGUGAAUACCGAGCGCAUUAAGAUCGAAAACAAAGACUAUCACACGGACUUCACUAUCGUAAAUGCUGUGCGCCGUGACACCGGCAAAUACACGUUGCGGGCUGAGAAUUGUAACGGAUUCGACGAGGAAACAGUCGAGCUAACUGUACUGAGCAAACCCAGCUCGCCUAAAGGUCAGUGCCAAAAAAUUAUAGGUAAACAAGUGUUAUUAUUCAAAUAUGACACAGUUAAUUCUAGUUGUAAAAUAAAUCAUGAAAUAAAAAUAUUAUUAUUGUUGUUCGACAAGCGUAACAGUAAAAUUAAUGACAUUUUGACUUUUGUCGUGUAA